AUGGGCCGCAUCGUCGUCACCGGUGGCUCCGGCAAAGCUGGCGGAACCGUCAUCACUGAGCUUCUCGAAGCCGGACACACAAUCCUGAACCUGGAUAUCAAGCCAAUGACCCAUCCAGCCGUACAUACUCUCAAGACCGAACUCACCGACAGUGGACAAGUCUUCAACGCUCUCUCCGGCCAAUGGUCCCUAUCCCAGCCUUUCCCGGAGGGUCUACCACCUCGUCCAGACGCUAUCAUCCACCUCGCAGGCUACGCACGUAACAUGAUCGUGCCAGAUAACGAAACCUUUCGAGCCAAUACGCAGGGCACAUACAAUAUCAUCGACGCAGCCUGCAAACUAGGAAUCCGAAAGGUGAUUAUCGCCAGCAGCAUCACCGUCUACGGGGUAUCCUUCGGCCAGGGCGACGUCAACUACCCAUCCUUCCCAAUCGACGAAGACCAAGACGUCAACCCGACAGAUACCUACGCACUAGCGAAGCUCUGCAACGAGCGCGUCGCCCGCGGGUUCGCAGCCCGCUACGGCACGGACAUCUACAGCCUGCGCAUCGGACACGUCAUCGGACCGGACGAGUACAACGGGGAGAUCUUCUACGGGUACGUGCACGAACCAAGUCAGGGGAAAGUGCACGGGUGGUCGUAUACGGAUGCGCGGGAUCUGGGGGGCAUGUGUUUGGCGGCGUUGCGGACGGAUGGGUUGGGAUUCCAGGUGUUUAAUGCGACGAAUGAUACGAUCACGAAUCUGAUGCAUACGGAGGAAUUCUUGCGCUCGCAUUAUCCGCAGACGCCGAUUACGCGGCGGUUGGAGAAGUUUGAGGCGCCGUUGAGUAAUGCGAAGAUUAAGCGGUUGUUGGGGUUUGAGGAGAAGCAUCCGUGGCGGAAGUAUUUUACCCUUUGGGAUAAGAAGCCGGUGACGGGGGAGAAUGGGCGGAGUGUUGAAUGA